AUGCCUUCUAUUAUUAAAAUAGAAAGAAUGUAUCCUCUUUCUGUUGUGGUUUGUCAAUCCUGGUUAACGAAUAUAGUAGUUCCUUUUCCACGUCAAGGCGGUUGUUCAAUUCAUGUUGAUCCCAAUCCACGCUCUUAUGCCUCUGAAAUCCCAAUAAGAUCAGGAAGAACCGGUUUGGUUUCCUUUGAUUCAAGAAUGUCCCCCGCUGCUAGCUCUUUCUCUUACUAUCUCCCUAUCUCCUUUAUGGUGCUCCUAGGGUCAAGACCAAGUCAAGCGAAAUCCCAACUGUCGAAUCAAUUGCUGCGUAUUCGAUAA